CCUUGGUGAAGCAUGACAUCCAUCUUGCAGGGAGAUGUGCGCCAGGAUGCAGUACCUGCAUGCAUCAACCUCGCCCUCUAGAACCGAGAUCCCAGCCCUCUCUGAGCCUUGACGAACCCCAUUCUCCACUCUGGUUCCAUGCUCGCGCCUUUUUUCUUCCCUAAUGCUUAAUGAUUGUAGUUGUUUCUUUCCUUCUCUGCGCCUUGUGAGGUUUUUCUCGCACUUCUCUAUGCUUUCUUUCAAGGCAAGCAGUCUUUUCCGUUUCGUCGUCUGACUGACGCACUUUCGUUUCACCAGCUGCACUCGUUUCCUUUCUCAUAUCUGAGACUUGGCCCUAUUUCUUUGUAAUACAUGUUCGCCUUCUUCUCUUCUUCUUCGUUACUUCUCCGGCUCGUUACAGAAUGAACCCUCGGGACGUGAGCUUCAACGCGCACGAGCAACUCGAGAUACUGGCCGAAAUCAUCAAGUCCAGCAAUAUCCAUCCGGACGUGCUUGUCCUGUUUAUACGACAGCACGGCAUCAAUCCAGAUUGGGGUAAUGUGGCGCUACCAAGGGGACGAACAGUUAAUCAAUGCAACAACUGGUUCUACAGUGUCAUGAAUCAACCUGGACCGUCGGGACCUGCUUCGGGCCAUAUGAGAUCUCAAAGUCUUCAGGGGCCCGUCCCAGCAUCGUCGCUGAAACGUCCAUUCAGUCCGGAACAACAUUCCUUUGCAGGUGGCCGUCUUCUUGUGCCCAAGCCACCGAUGUCUACUAUCGGCAACAUACUCAAUCAACCACCCGAGCCACCAAAAAAGAAACGUGGUAGACCCACCAAUGCAGAGAAGGCAGCUAGAACUCAGCAAGAGCUUGCACAUGGGCAAUCGUUCCGACCUCCCCAACGCGCACCUCCGAUCGCAAGCAGCAGUAGCAGUGCUGUUGCACCGGGUCCAUUAUCAAUUGCAACGCACGCUGCUCAAAUUGCCAUGACGCCGCAGAUACGCGACCAGCCCGUCAGCGCAGGUGAAUCCGAGAGUUCGUCUAGCAAGAAGCGAGGUCGUCCUUCGAAUGUCGAGAAGGAGACACGGCGAUUGCAGCAAGAAUACGGCGAGCCUCCCGAAGUUGCGUCAGGCCCAAAUCGCCCUGGUCCAUCACGAUAUCCGAAUAUACUCUCUCCCGACGAAAGCCUUGGAGAAGCUGGUCCUAGGAGGCAAGAAGGCUCACCACCAGGCAGAGGUGAUGCGGCAACUUACCGAUAGUUCUUGCAUUCCUGGACACUCCAUAUCCAGCAAUACACAAAGAUCCCGAUCGCAUCUUGAUGUUUUAACGACAUGCCGCUACGACCGCAUACUUCCAUUGGACUUGGUUCGUACUGCGCGAUACUGGCAAUUCCCUUCGACCUCCGAUCUCUUUACUCUUAAUUUCCUUUGCCUUUACAUCUCUUUUGUUGGUUUCACACGAAACAUAAUGACGGUUGGAUCAUAGUGAUAUAUGAUGAUUUGACGGCCUCACAUCUACGGCCUCUGAUAUCUCGUUCUCUGGACGGUGUAUCUCUCACGAAUUGGCAUGCAGGCAGGCACUUUUUGGAUUUUGCCAUGGUGAUGGUUAUAGAGCUGUAACACGACGUAAUACGAUUAAUCAGAG